CCAACUGAUCCCGGCCUCCCCUAUUGUCACACACAAAUUAGGCGAUCAUAAUAGCCUUGUUGCUUGCAUUGGGCAGCAAGUCGCUCUCUGGGGGGAGGAGUAGUCGCCGUCACAAUGGGCCUCUUUUUGGAGGCGGUGAUCGUGUUGAAGGUCCACCAUGGCCUCUCUCCUCGAAGCCGCCACCUGGGCCCUGAUGGCAGUGACAAAGGGUGCCCGCAAGCUCCAGGGGCUUUGCCCGGUUGUCUUGAAGAGAUGUCGAGUUGCUGACGAAGAACGAGCAGAAGCAGAGAUGAAUCUUGGAGAAAUGCAAAGCGCUGGAGUCCGAAAGCGACGUGCGCCCGAGCAAACACCCGGAAGAGUCGACGACCAGGGUGACAGUCCCGCAGCAAGUCCCACGACGAGUACCACGAGUGGUACCAUGACGCCAGGUACCAGCGAGGGCAACUUGGAGUCUCCAGGUAUGGGUGGUGAGCAAGAGAGUCCUAAAUUCAAGUCAGCUAAUACAGGUACUUCUCGAUACAAGAUUCUUUCAUCAAAUCAGCUUGGCAGCGGCUUUCUGAUCGGCUUGGAGAAAGACUACCCACUCGAAAGAGUACUGAAGAGCGGGAACAACUCAACCAUGAGCGAGGCUAUGACAAGUUCAUACAAGAGGAGUGUGAGUUGUCCAUCUAACGUUCCAAUUUAAAUAAGAUGGAGGCUAAUGAAUGCUUGCACAGUGGACGAAUAUCCAAAAGGUUUCCCACAGCUAGCGGCUCUCAUCAGCUGUGACGAUUCUCUCUCCAUGCAUCGCAGCUUUAAAUACUGCCACAGCCGCGGCCUUCUGCACCUCGAAGUACAAA